AUGCAGUACCACGGACAGUGCCUCGUUGACACAGCAGCCACCGGCAGACUCCUCUACGCCAGUGUCGCGCUGAGUUUCUGGGCCGGAGUCGAUUCCCAGACCGGAGAGAUUAUUGACCGCCAUCAUCCUCUGCAUGGACAAUCGGUCAACGGUCGCAUAUUGGCCAUUCCGUCAAGCAGAGGGUCAUGUACAGGCAGCAUGGUGCUGAUAGAGCUCCUGUUGAAUAAAUGUGCCCCCGCCGGCCUCAUCUUCCAGGAGCCGGAGCAGAUCAUCACACUAGGCGUCAUCGUGGCCAAGACACUCCUCGACCUCUCGAUUCCAGUACUUGUCCUCGGACCAAAGGAUUUCCAAUCGCUAAGAGAACACAAAUACGCUGCAAUUACUGGGCCGAUCCUUCAAACAGGAGAGAGCCCUCUGCUGCCACCCACCUACGAAGCACCUACAUCGCCCCCAUCAAAGACCCUGCACCUGUCGGAAACCGACCAGGCAAUCCUCCAUGGCGCCCAUGGUGCGGCCGCGCAAAAGGCGAUGGAGAUUCUCCUGAGCUUCGCACAUAUCCAAGGCGCAACGAGGCUCAUCGACAUCGCCCGCGCACACAUCGACGCCUGCAUCUACACCGGCCCCGCCAGUCUGCGUAUUCCGCAAACCUUUCUGUCUCUGGGUGCUCGCGUUGCCAUUCCGACCACGCUGAAUGCGAUCUCGAUUGACCGUCGACGCUGGAAGGAAAUCGGCUUCAAAGAAGAACUGGCAGUUCCCGCCGACCAACUAGUGGAGACCUACCUGGCCAUGGGCGCGCGACCCGUCUUCACCUGUGCACCGUACCUGCUCGAGUCUCCCCCCACGGCCGGGCAGGAUAUCGGCUGGGCCGAGUCCAACGCAGUGGUGUUUGCGAAUAGCGUGCUGGGUGCGCGGACGCAAAAGUAUCCCGACCUGAUCGACGUGUGUAUUGCGUUGACGGGGAGGGCUCCGUUGGCGGGCGGUCAUGCGGAUGAAGGACGGACCCCGUCGGUGGUGGUCGAAGUCGCAUAUUUGCCAAAGAUUGAUGACGCAGUAUGGCCGCUGUUAGGAUACCAGAUUGGUCAGCUGGCUGGGGGAGAUAUCCCUUUGAUUGUCGGGGUGGAGCGCACAAAGCCUAGUAUUGCGGACCUCAAAGCCUUUGGGGCUGCUUUUGCAACAACAGCAUCCGCCUCGAUGUUCCAUAUACGAGGUGUGACGGCGGAAGCGACCAGGUUUGAGGGGAUAGGGCAAACAUUGGAGCGGAUGGUCGUGCACGAAUCCGACCUCGUGCGGACGUGGGAAGACUUGAACACCGCUAAAGACUCGUCAGUUGGUCUGGUGUCUUUGGGGAAUCCUCAUUUCUCGCUGGAAGAAUUCGAAUCGCUCUCUCGCCUGUGCGCCGAUCGCAAGAAGGAUCCUUCGGUGCAGAUGAUGAUCACAGCCGGUCGAGAGGUCUAUCAGCUCGCAGCGAGCAAAGGUUAUAUUCAAAGACUGGAAGCAUUUGGUGCAACAAUUAUUACUGAUACCUGCUGGUGCAUGAUCCGAGAGCCGGUAAUACCUCCACAGACAAUCAAUCUUAUGACUAAUUCAGCCAAGUAUGCGCAUUAUGCUCCAGGAAUGGUGCAGAGAGGAGUGCAUUUCGGAAGCCUGGCGCAGUGUGUGAUGGCCAGCUGCACAGGCUAUUUUGAUGAUGGGCCAUCAUGGAAGCAAGACAGUACACCAUGA